CUGAUUGGUGGGCUGAGCCAGAGCUGAUCCAAUCAGCGAGCAGCGCGCGCAAACGUCACCGCCUGGCUGUGUUGACAGAACCUGGGCGGGGACUGACGUGAGUUUAAACUGGCUCUGGCAGUUUUUCCACUAAGGUGAAGAAAACUAUAAAGGAUAUGUCAGAGAAUCAACUAGAACUAGAUCCAGAUAUUACUACAGACAGGGAAAUUGGUAUAGAUCCCGAGGAAGAACUUAUUAAGCAAUGUGAAGAAAUGUGGAAAGACAUGGAAGAAUGUCAGAAUAAAUUAUUACUCACUGGAACUGAGACACUCACUAACUCAAAUGCUCAGCUCUCAUUACUUAUUAUGCAAGUGAAAUGUUUGACUGCUGAACUUGGUCAUUGGAACAAAAGAACACCUGAAAUAACUCCCCUGACUGAAGAUGUUUUGGUAACAUUAGGAAAAGAAGAGUUCCAAAAUUUAAGAUAUAAUCUUGAAAUGGUAGUAUCUACUAUUCAAUCGAAGAAUGAAAAGUUAAAAGAAGACUUAGAAAGGGAGCAGCGGUGGUUGGAUGAACAGCAACAAAUUCUGGAAUCUCUUAAUGUAUUACACAGUGAUUUGAAAAACCAGGUUGUGACAUUUUCUGAAUCAAGAAUCUUUAAUGAACUGAAAGCUAAGAUGCUUAGUAUAAAAGAAUUUAAGGAGAAGCUUCUGUUAACCUUGGGUGAGUUUUUAGAAGAUCAUUUUCCUCUGCCUGAUGGAAAUAUUAAAAAGAAAAAGACAACCACUCAAGAAUCAAAAGCACAACUGAUAACACUAAAUGAAAUGAUAGAGAUGCUUAUAAAUAGAAUGUUUGAUGUUCCACAUGAUCCAUACGUUAAAAUUAGUGAUUCCUUUUGGCCACCAUAUAUUGAGCUGCUGCUGCGUUAUGGAAUUGCUUUGAGACAUCCAGAAGAUCCAGCACGAAUAAGAUUAGAAGCCUUCCAUCAGUAAAAUGAUGUUCUUGUCAUCCACGGACAAAGAAAACAGGGCUAUUUAAAUAAAGGAUAUUAUUUGCAAAUCCAAGGCAUAGUCCAUUCUUCUUUUUUGUUUAGAAAUAAGGUCUCAUGUAUCCCAGCUGGCAUUGGGCUUACUGAGUACUGACUGAGUUUAUAAGCCUUCACCAUCAUACCCUGGCUGUCCGUCUUCUUUGUUUUGUGAAAUGACUUGUACUGCCAUUAUACAUAUUCAAAAUGUAUAUUGUGUAUUACAGUUUAUAAAUCUUUUUUUCAUUUUUCUUAUUAAGAAAUUUUUUUUUCAUUUUACACACCAAUCAGAGAUCCCCCCUCUUCCUUCCUCCCACUCCCCGGCCUUCCCCCUCCAACCAACCCCCCAUUCUCCUCCACUAGAAGGCAAGACCUCCUAGGGGGAGGCACAUCCAGUAGAGGCAAGCCCAAGCCCUUCCCCCUGCCUCAAGGCUGCACGAGGUAUCCCAUCAUAGGUAAUGGGCUCCAAAAACCCCCUCAUGUACCAGGGAUGGAUUCUGAUUCUACUGCCAGGAGCCCCCCAAGCAGAUCAAGCUACACAAUUGUCUCACCAUGCAAAGGGCCUAGUCCAGUCCCAAGCAUGCUCCACAACCAUUGAUCCAACUUUCUUGAGUUCCCACCAGUUUGGUGUGGUUGUCUCUAUAGGUUUCCCCAUCAUGAUCCCAAUGCACUUGCUCAUAGAAUCCCUCUUCUCUCUCCAUCUGGACUCCUGGAGCUCUCCCUGGUGUUUGGCUGUGGAUCUCUGCAUCUGCCUCCAUCAGUCAUUAGCGCAAAGCUCUGUGAUGACAGGGUAUUCUCCAAUCUGCUUGCUGGCUCAAGCCAGUUCAGUUCAGGAGUAAUCUAAGCUGGGGUCAUCCUUGGUGAUUCCUGGCAAGUUCCCUAGCACUGGGUUUCUCUCUAUCCCCAUGAUAUCUCCCUUUAUCAUGGUAUCUCUUUCAUUACUUUUUUUCUAAAAUGCAGGGUGUGGGCCCAGGCUAGUCAGUUCUCUUGCCGUUGACUCCCAAGUGUCCACCACCAUGCUCAGCACUUGAGAUUUUUUAUUUUAUUUAAGUGUGUUUAUUUUUAUACUCAUGGGUAUUUGCCUGCAUGUGUGUCUAUAUACCAUCUGUGUGCUUGUGGAGGCCAGAAGAGCCAUCACUUGGGUACUGGAAAUAGAACCCAGAUCCUCUGGAAGAACAUCCCUUGCUCUUAACCUCUGAGCCAUGUCUUCAGCCCCAUUCCCCUCUCUCAGCUCCCCACUUCAUUCCACUCAGCACUUGUAUUUUACAGAACAUGUGUUCCUUUUAGGGAGAGAUUAUGUGUAAAAUACCUUUCUAAAUGUGACAUUGGUGGAGUGAGUAACUUCUUAAUGAGUGAUUUGAAGUUAUCUGCUUCAAAGAUCCAACACUUCUUUAGAGGAAGAGGUGCUGUGGUUUAAGUCCUUUGUUGUAAAUUACAAGAGUAGAUAAAGGCAACCAACAGCUGGGCCAUUUAUGUGACAAGUUUACUUCACUUCUUUCUUAAUUCGUCAACAAGCCUUUAGAUAGCAAGAUAAAAAUAGAAAAUUACACUAGUUUCUAUAUACAACCAAUCUAAACCUAGUGCCUUAAAACUUUGUGUGCUUUCAAGUAAUGUAGAAAAUGUUUUAGGUGCUGAGAACAAUGUCGUCUUGUGCUUCCAUGAUUUAAGAAAAAUCACUAAAAUCUAUUAAGAUUUAGAAUUUGUUAUUUCAGCCACGUGGUGGUGGCACAUACCUUUAAUCCCAGCAUGAGGGAGGCAGAGGCAGGUGGAUCUCUGUGAGUUUGAGGCCAGCCUGGUCUACAAUGCAAGUUCUAGGACAGCCACAGCUACACAGAGAAACCCUGUCUCAAAAACCAAAAAACAACAAAAAAAAAGUGUGUGUGUGUGUGUGUGUGUGUGUGUGUGUGUGUGUGUGUGUGUGUAUCUAUAUAGAGAGAAUUUGUUAUUUCAUUGACUCAGAUAGGAUAUAGACUGGGUAUCCUGUAUUUGAAACAUUGAGACCAGUUAUGUUUCAGAUUUGAAAGUUGGGGGUUUUGUAGUGCUAGGGAUUAAGAAAUGUUGAGUAUUUUUUGCUUUGGAAUAUUUUCAUAGACUUUACUGGAUAGUUCUUAGUGUAUAAUUUGAAAUAUGAACUUUUUGAAUACCAGAGUAUUUGAGGUUAUGAAAUACCUCAAUUUUUGAGUUGGGAAUAUUUUCCCCAUAAAUAAUAAUGUUAGUGUAGUUUGCAAACAAAAAUUUGUUUUAGUGUACCACAAUCUAUCUGGUUAGAAAUUAAGCCCCAGGUAAUAAAAAAUACUGUUUACUAUUAUAUUUAUUAAGGUUUAUUUAUUUAUUAUGUAUACAGUGCUCUGCCUCCAUGUGUCCUUGCAGGCCAGAAGAGGGCACCAGAUCUAAUUCCAGGUGGUUGUGAGCCACCAUGUGGUUGCUGGGAAUUGAACUCAGGACCUCUGGAAGAGCAGUCAGUGCUCUUAACCACUGAGCCAUCUCUCCAGCUCUACUAUUAUAUUUUAUUUGAUGUGCUUCUGCAUGAAGACUUCUUACUCCAUUACUUUACUUAGUUUUCUGAUUAUGCAUUAGUCAUUGGCAAAAUGUCUGAGAAAAGUAACUUGAGGAAAUAUUUGCUUGGGCUCAAAAGCUUUAGAGAUCAGUCCAUGCAUGGUUGCCAGCUACAAAAGACCUGAACAUGUGCAGUGUUUAAAGUUCCUGCCUAACCAGUGUUGUGACCUUCCACUGGUGACACUCAAUUGGUAAGGGAAAAAUGACUCCAAUUGCACGUCAGGUUGCAAGUGAAUAAUAUGCAUGUCCUCAAGGCAUGGUUCUGUGAUUAUCAUAAAAGGUAAAACUGAUCAAAUGAUCUGCCCUCAUCAACAACUCUGAGCUUAUAAAAUAAUGCCCUGAUUGCCGUCUGCAGGUGCCUUACAAGGUAAUUGCUGACAUUGCUCCUAAUGUAUCUGGUUUUACUUUCUUAACGACUUUCUCUAUAAAUAAAACUUAUACUUGCUUACUUUGUAUGUCUCUUUAUAACUUUUUGUUAAUGAGAACAAAGACUUUGACCAAACCUGCCCAGUCAGACAUCCCAAAAGUGAGGCAGAAAAAUCUCACAGUCACACAAAAAGAUACAGAAAAUAACUUUGCCGAAGUCCAGUAUCCAUCUGUGAUAAAAUUUAAGAGCAAAUUGUAAUUUGGGGGGCUGGAGAGAUGGUUUAGUGAUUAAGAAUGCUUUCUGUUCUUCUAGGGGAUUGAAAUUCAGUUCCCAGUCUAUGCUGGGUAGCUCACAGCCAUCUAUAAAUCUUUGUGCAGGGAUCUGACACCUUAUGGCCUCCAGGAACACACAGAUCUCUCAGUAAGGUGUCUUCUGAGACUUGACAAAAAAUAUCCACAAAAUACUAUAUAAUUAAUGGUAAGAAUGUAGAUGUUUUCUCUAAUAUCCAGAGCAAGGCAAAUGUGUCCUCUUAUUCUUAUUCAGCAUCAUACUUAAUGUAAUAAGAAAAAAAAUCCUAGGAACCAAGAGAAAAACUCUUGGAACAAAAAUUCAUUUAUAGUAAGGUUGUAAGGCACACAAUUUCCUAGUGUCCAAAGUUUAAUUUCCUGUAUAACAUCAGUGAACACUUAGAAUUUUAAAAUUGAGACUCUUGUAUCAGCAAUCCAAAAGGAAAAUAAGAUAUGGUAUGUAUUGCUGUGAGGAGUAUCUUCAUUAGAUUACUUGAGGAACCACUGUGGGCAGGAUCAUUGCUUUAGAUGGAAUCCGAUACUGUACAUAAAGGAGGGAAUGAAGGCCAGUGAGUUGAAUCAGUGGGUAAAAGUGCUGGCUGUCAAAGCUGAGGACCUGAGUUUGAUCCCUGGAUCCCACAUAGUGGAAAGAAGGAAGUAACUUCUAAAAGCUGUCCCCUGACUUCAGUGUGUCACAUCAUGUCACAUGCAUGCUCCCUAGUACAGAAAUAAAUAAAUGUAAGAAAAAAGGAGGCAAUAUGCUAAGUAAGCAUAAGCAUUCAUCUCUGUUUCUUGACUGGAUGUAGUUUAAAUGGCUUCCUCGAGCUCCUGCUGCUGUGACUUCCCACAGUGUUGGACUUUCUUAAACUGUGAGACAAAUUCUGUUACUUGGCUUUUUUCAGGGUAUUUUUUCAUAAAAGCUGAAAAAGACAGAUUAGUACUGGGAGAGGGCUGUUAGUGUGAUAAACAUGACCGUGUGGUUCUUAGACCUUUGACACUGGUUUGUGGGAGGAAUGUGGAAGAGUUUGGAAAUUUGACUAGAAAAGCCCAAGUAUGCUGGAAGAAGAGCUUAAUGGGCUAUUCUUGAGGGAGCUUGCAAGUCAAGAAAGCUGAGAGAAGUGUGUAUGGUGGAGACCCAGUUCACAGAGGCCAUGGAGGGGUGUUGCCUUGCUCCCCAUGGCUUACUUAUCCUACUUUCCUAUAGAACCCAGGACUACCAGCCCAGAGGUAGCACCACCCACAAUAGACUGGGCCCUCCCCCAUCAAUCACUAAGAAAAAUGCCCUUACAAAAUUGCAUACAGCCUGAUCUUAUGGAGGCAUUUUCUUAAUUGAGGCUUCUUCCUCUCUGAUGACUAUACCUUGUGUCAAGUUGACAAAACGAGCCAGCACAACCCUGAAGACAAAUAUGUACUGCAUGGACCCAAUAAGAGAUACUUUGAGGGCAAAAUCCUAUCCACUGGACACUCCAUCUUGUGAAGAUCCAAACUCAUUUGAUCCUAGAAACUGAAAACCAACCAAGGAGAGUGUUUCCCUAGGAUCCGCAUACAGAAACUGACAGUGUGGUCCAAGUGGCCAGGCUACAUACUCUUAAAGCCCUCCCCCAGUGACAUACUUCUAGCAAGGCUAUACCUCCAGAACCUCCCCUAAACAAUGCUACCAGCUGGGGACCAUGUGUUCAAAUACAUGAGCUUAUGGGGGGCAUUUCUCAUUGACAACACCACAGUAAGCAUGGAUGAUGUAAGACUGUGGGGGCCGUGAAGUCUUUCUCCAUGGUUUCAAAGGAAUUGAAACCAGGCAAUGUGUGGCAGAAUCAGAGUUCCUGAAAGAAGGUUCUGAGAAGCUUUUUUGUGAAAGUGAAGCUAAAUUGCAAUAGAGGAACCCCCCCCCCAUGUUAGGAAAUGUGGGAUCAUGGACCAUCUGUAGAGGAAAGCUGCAGUAGAGAACAGUCAGCCAAAGAAAGGCUGUGUGUCCUGUAUGUGGCGGAGUUGGAGAAGAAGAGCUAUCUGAGUCCUUUGGUGCCUAAUCAAUUUCAUCACAAACCCCUGAUGAAGGACAUAGACCUUCAGGAUUUGAUGUUUGCCUUGCUGGAUUUUGGUCUGAUCAUUCCUUACUAUGUCCUGAUUCUUCGUUUUAGAAUAGGAAUGUUUACUCUGUGCCACUAUGUGUUCUUUGCUUUAUAGGAGCUCACAGUUUACAGAGCUUACUUUGAGUUUUAGAUGAGAUAGGGACUUUGGACUUUUAGACAAUUGGAAUUGUUAAAAUUUGGGGGACUUUCAGAGUUUGCCUAUAUUUUGCAUUUUGAAAUGAACACAAGAUUUUGGAAACUAGGAAUGAAAAUGGUGUGUAUAACAUGAAUUGCUAAACUGUCUUAUUAGUAGAAAACCCGGAGCUAGAUAUUGGGGUGAAAGCUAAAAGAUCAGAGAAACAGAACAAGCCACAGCCACAAGUUCUUACUGCUAGGAAAUUCUCAGCCCAAGAAAGAGCUACUUCCUGUAUACUCACGCCUAUAUACCUAUCUGUGUCCUGCCAUCUUACUUCCUCUCUCUGCCCAACUACAUCACUUCCUUUUUCUGCCCAGCUCUAUCACUCCUUGUUUGUCUGUAUAGACCUCCAGACCUCUGUAGUUAACUAGUACUGGAAUUAAAGACAUGUGCCACCACACCUGGCUCUGUUCCCAGUGUGGCCUUGAACUCACAGAGAUGCGGAUGAAUCUCUGCCUUCCAAAUGCUAGGAUUAAAGGCUUAUGCUACCAUUACCUGGCUUCUGUGUUUAAUAUAGUGGCUGGCUUUUUCCUCUGAUCCCUAGGCAAGCUUUAUUUGUUAAAGCACAAAUAAAGUAUCACCACAGGUGUAUGCGGGUGGGAGGGGAAUCAGAGUCUUACUAUGUAUAUCUGUCUGGCUGUCCUGGAACUCACAUGUAGACCUGGCCUCAAAUCACAGAGAUCCAUCUGUCUCUGCCUCCUGAGUCCUGGGAUUAAAGCAGGCCACCACACUGGCUAAGUUUAUGACUUUAAGUGAUGUAAUUGAAUGUCAGGUUGAUAAAGGGUUUAAAUGGGAUAGCUAAUCUCUUUUGUAAACUUGGUAAGAUCUAGAAUCACCUGGGAGAUAGGCCCCUAAGAAAACAUAGGGAAUUAUGUUGGUUAGGUGAAUUAAGGUGAAAAGACCCAUCCAAGGUGGGUGGUACUUGAUUGAUGUAUUGUACUAUGUUGUAAGGAGAAUGUGAUCUAAGCAUAAAUAUUCAUUGUUCUCUGCAUCUUGACUGUAAAUAUGAUGUGACCAGCUGCUUCACUUUCCUGCUGCUGUGACUCCUCUGCGAUGAUGGACUUUAAACUUCGUGCUGCAAAGACUGGUGACGACAAUAGUGAUGAAGAGUCCAGCACACCGUCGUCUCCUGCUGCUCAGAGAAGAAAGCGAGCGUCAGGCACUUCUGCUCCUGUUAAGCCUACUGUCAGUGUUCCUUCACAGUGUCUUCCCUCACCUACAGUUCCUCAUGAGGCUCCCCAGCCAGACCCUGCCCCAUCGAAAGAGAAACAGCCCUGUUCAGACUAAGCCCGCACGCCCCUACCCACCCAUACCAGAUAUCCAGUUUGAGGGGGUCACUGAGUCAACUUUAGACACCUCUAAUUGCUCCUACUUAGUUCCAUACUGUCAACUUCUAUCCACAGUAGUGACUGUUUAGUUCUGUGGCAAAUGGAAUGUUGUGAAAUGACCCUUUCUGGCACCAACAGGUCUCCCUCCUCUUCCUCUGCUGGUGGCUCUUAUGGAAGCAAGGUCAAUAAGAGACCUCCAAUAAAAAAAUGUCAGGGGGCUCGAGAGAUAGGUCAGUGGUUUAGAGCAUUUGAUGCUCUGGCAGAAGACCUGGAUUCGGUUACCAGCACCCACAUCCUAACUAGUUCCAGGGAUUGGACGCCCUCUUCUGACUUCCACAGGCAUGGACAUGGUGCACAUAUGUAUUCAUUCAUACAUGUAAAAAAUAAAUCUUUAAGAGAAGAGGAGGAGGAGGAGGAGGAAGAAGGAGAAGGUCAAGGGGCUGGUGAGAGAGCUCAGUGGGUAAGGGCACCUGCCAGCUGAAAGGGGAAAAUCAGUAGCCAUCUUGAGAGACACUUCCCCCUCCCCUCCUCCAAAGGUAUUUGCUGACCAGCAGUUUUAGAAGUGACCAGAAGUUGAACUUAUAAGGCUGGGACAAUAAAUCUAUGUAUCCUGGACUUGGAAAAACAAGAUAUAAAGAGUAAGAGACUCAACUGACCUCAGAGGAGAGUAGGACUGGAACAAUAAAUCUGAAUAUAUAUAUCCUGGUUUCAACAAAAGCAGGACAUAGGGAGUAAAACAUUUAUGUCUCUGUAGAUACCCUGAAUCCUGUUAGCCAUCAGUAACCUCAUGCUUAUAGUUCAGUCAGUAACUUCAAAGAACUACCCCACCCCUACCCGCCUCAUCCAAUCCCAAGUUGCAUGUAAACCUUUCCUAUAUAAACCCCUUAAAGUGAGUGCCCAGGGGGCCGUUCUCCUCCACCCGCUGUGUCAGAUGUUGGACACGGACCAAGCUUGCUUGUUUUGUUAUUAAAAACCUCUGUGUGCUUGCAUCGGA